CCUCGCCAUUUUGCAAUGUGGGAGAGAGAGGGGCCACUUUUUAUGGCUAACGUAUAAAACAAAUCAGUUUUAUGUGUUGAGGACAAAGAGCGUCUCGCUUUUUCGUGUCAGUCAUGGAGGAGAGCAGUGAUGUAGCUGUACUCAUCACACACGCCUCCACAUCCUCCUCCACUCCAUCAGUGCUGGGAACCCACUCUCAAUCCCAGGCACAACAGGCUCCUGAGGAGGACACCACCCACAGUUUUCAGCAGAAACAAGCAGCUGAUUCUCUCAUCCAGGUCAUCCAGAAGCUCAGCAAAAUUGUGGAGAAGCGGCCACAGCGCCGCUGCAUGCUAGCGGGACAGAAGAGAGUGCUGCAACAGGCUUCGUCUGCGAGAAGAGGAGGUGAAGAGGGGCUGAGAGAGAGCAGAGGAGGUUCACCCUACAAGAAAAUAAGACAGAACGGUGAGGAGGAAAGCACAAAGGGGAGGAGGUUAGAUACCAACAGUCUUGUCAGAGACCUGUCUCCAUCUUCAACAGGUGAUGGUAACAACAACAACAUCACCACCACCACAGUAACAGAGGCAGAGGAUAACCCUAGUGGCAGUGAACACAGGCGGACAGUCACAUGCUAUCAGUGUUGCCUAUGCCCCUAUCUGUCCCUAACGCUGACCCAGCUGAAAGAACACCUGAAACAACACAAUGAACAACACAGUGACCUCAUUCUAAUGUGCUCUGAGUGUCGCUUCACCUCCACAGACCAGGAGCAGCUGGAAGCACACGUCAGGCUCCACUUUGACAACAGAGGGAACCUGAAGAGCAAUUCUAUUCCAUCUGACACCCACGAUGAGGGGAAAGAAACAGAGGCAGUCAAACAUGCAGUGGAUGGCUCCACAGAACUGCCUCAGAAGAAGAAGUGGUACAGUUAUGAGGAGUAUGGACUGUACCGGUGCCUGAUCUGCAGUUAUGUGUGCAGCCAGCAGCGAAUGCUAAAGACCCAUGCCUGGAAACAUGCCGGCCUGGUUGACUGCUCUUAUCCAAUCUUUGAAGAUGAAGAUGGGACUCACACAAAGAGGGAGGCCCAUGCCUCUCUGCCAACAGGAAACUCUGCCAACCCCGUUGGAGCAACAGAGGAAAUAGUUGUUCUUCCUCCUGUUUUUCAGGAUAAAAGCAUGCAGACGAGCCAAACUGCCUUCAAGCUUCAGCUGUGUGUGCCCUUAGAGGUGGAGAAUAAACAGGAUGUUUUGACUCAUUCAGUGUCCAGUCACAAUCUAUGUCACAAAAUAAAAGAGGAAGAGGAAGAACAUGUUUAUCCCAUCAAAGACCUGGCAUCUGAGGAGCCUGUGGUGGAGGUGCAAGUGACAACGGAAGCAGAGAUUGAAGCAGAGAGUGACAGUCACCAUGAGAGCUCCUCAGUCACAGACAGCUUAUUGUCGUCAGCUCAGAAGAUCAUCAACAGCAGUCCUAACUGUGCUGGCCAUAUAAAUGUGAUUGUAGAACGUCUGCCUUCAGCUGAGGAUUCAGUCAUGACCAAUAACCCUCUGCUUCUUAGUCCAGAUGUGGACAGGGGCAAGUGUUUACUUGAUACAGAAGAAGAAGAGAGGAAUCGUCUCAGCAAGGUGAAGGAUGAUGUGGUCACUGGCAGUGCUGCUAGUGCUACAGACAGCCAGUUGUUAACAGAAGGUAAAACCUCCGUCACUACAACUAAUGACUCGUCAAGGGAUGAAAAUAUCCCCCCUGCUGGUCGCAAGAGGACACACUCAGAGUCUUUGCGCCUGCACUCAUUGGCUGCUGAGGCCCUCGUAGCUAUGCCAAUGAGAAUGCCAGAACUCCCCACCUCAAGCACUAAGGUAAGUCUGAGGACACAGAACCCAAACGCAGGCCAGAAACUGAUGGAAGGGUCUGCAGCUGGACAGAAGGAUCUGGAGACAACAACAGCUCUGUUGGAUCUGGAGCUUCAGAGUGAGCGCAAAGAGGAAAGUUUAGGCUCACUAGGCCUGGGGGACGGAGAUGAGGAGGGACCGGGCACUAAAGCAGGCAUCAGCCUUUCUCUGCUCACCGUCAUCGAAAGACUCAGAGAACGCUCAGACCAGAAUACAUCAGAUGAGGAUAUCUUGAAAGAGCUUCAGGAUAAUGCACAGUUCCAGAACGGAGCAGUGGCUGGCAUGGUCACAGGAACUGGAGCCGGGGGCUAUGUGUGUAGCAUUCCACGUGUGGACGGGUUGGUUGGCUCUCCUGACGGCAGCCUGGUGGACUACAUCCCCGGCAGUGAAAGGCCAUACCGGUGCCGCCUGUGUCGAUACAGCAGUGGCAACAAGGGCUACAUUAAACAACACCUACGGGUGCACCGGCAGAGGCAGCCGUACCAGUGUCCCAUCUGUGAGCACAUCGCCUCAGACAGCAAGGACCUAGAGAGUCAUAUGAUCCACCACUGCAAGACCAGGAUGUACCAAUGCAAGCAGUGCCCUGACACCUUCCACUAUAAGAGUCAGCUGAGGAACCAUGAAAGGGAACAUCAUAGCAUUGGCAGCGAUGUGGCAUCCCUCACGCCUGUCUCUGAAAGUGUUUCCACAGUGGAGGAGGCUGAGCGGGUAACGGAUGAAGAGUGCAGCCUGCAGAAGAUGUACAAGUGUGACGUGUGUGACUACACCAGCUCUACAUAUGUUGGGGUGCGGAACCACAGGCGGAUUCACAACUCUGACAAGCCUUAUCGGUGUUGCAGCUGUGACUUCGCCACCACCAACAUGAACAGUUUAAAGAGCCAUAUGAGGAGGCACCCCCAGGAGCACCAGGCCGUGCAGCUGCUAGAACAGUACAGGUGCUCUCUGUGCGGCUAUGUGUGCAGUCAUCCCCCGUCACUCAAAUCCCACAUGUGGAAACACGCCGGGGACCAGAACUACAACUACGAGCAAGUUAACAAAGCUAUUAAUGAGGCCAUCUCCCAAAGCAGCCGCGCUCCUCCGAAGUUGUCAGUCGUGCUGGAGUCGGUGUCAGAGCGACCCUCCACAACUCAGCACUCGAAGGACAAAGCCAAGGGCCCGACGGAGCCACUGCCAACCCCUUCAUCAACCGCUGCAGCCGGACUAGCCGUGGACGUCUCGGCAGGUUCCACGCCCACCGCAGACAUACCACAGGGGUCCGGUGAAUCCCCGAGUCCACGGGGGAAGGAAGCGGCCCAGCUCCAGCAGCCUCGCACAGGCCAAGCAGCCCCCAUCGCAGGUCCCGGCAUGGAGUACUGCGUGCUCCUCUUCUGCUGCUGCAUCUGCGGCUUCGAAUCCACAAGCAAAGAGCGACUGAUGGAGCACAUGAAGGAGCACGAGGGAGACAUCAUCAGCAUCAUCCUGAACAAGGAGCAGCAGCAGCAGCCAGAACCACAUCCAGGUCUCCAAACAGCAGAGUGAGACCCGCCCCCUUCUGCCCCCCAUCCUCUUUAUACCGACUGACCCUUCUUCUGCCCACAAAAGUGUUUCAAUACGAUUCUUUACCUUGAGGUGGUUAUGGUGGAUACCACAGUGUUACCAUUUUUCACGUCUGGUUAGGUUUCUCGUCAACUUAUCGAAUGUUUUUCCGGUCCGGCCUAUAGUGGUGUCAUUGGGCUGUAAAAUACCACAGACUCCCUUCGGACAGGUAUGAGAAAUGAGUCAUUUCCUUGUAAAGGAAUGUCAAAAAAAAAAAAAAAAAGUCAAAUUCAGCUGAUGGCAUUUGGAAUCUGAGGACAUUACUAUUAUCCGUUAAUGUCUGUGUCAAACAGUUUGACAUUAAAAAAGUGACACAAAUAAGUCUGUAGGGAUGCGACGCCGACUUCAAGGGACAAUUCCGAGCUCUGGCCCAAGUUUUCACUUUGUACAGGGACAAGUUUAUACCUCACAGAAACCACACAAGCCCUCAUUUGACACCAUAAGAGAUUCACAUCUUUUCCAGCAUAAUUCAUAGAACGACCAUAAGGCAGCUCUUUAUUGCUACUGUAAUAUUUAAUGUAUUUAAUCAGACCCGGUGGAGGCUCGAGCCAAGCUAAGGUUGAGGAGGUACAUGAGCAAACUCACCAAUGCCUAAAGGCACGCAUCACAGCUUGAAAAUGACUGAAUAUUUAUCCGUUUAUUUGUAUGCAUGUUAGGUUCCGUUAUGCCAAGUAAAAUAAGGCAAUUGUUGAUUAUUUGCUAUAUUUCUUUUGUUUGUUCGGGUAAUUGUAAUAUUUUUUUUUAAUUGUUUGGGUCAUUGAUGAAUUAGCGCCUUUAGGGGAGGAAAGAAAAUGUUUUGUUUUGUUUUUUUGUCAGAGAAUGGAGUGAAAGGUGACCAGAGGAAAGUAGAAACUUGUCUGUGUGCAUGUAACCGGUGUAAUUCAGGGUGAAGUUGACGAAUGGAAUGAUAAAAAAGGGAAGUUAACAUAGGAAAUCAGUUCUAGGGCUGACAUUUUAAUCGAAUGGUGCCUAGAUAUCGGAAAGCAGGAAUCAGAAGCGCCUGUUUUCGCUUGUGACUGUGGUGCUAGGCUCACUUUAAAACUUUAUUAGCAAGUCAUUAAGAGAUAAAAUGCGUUUUUAUAACCCACACAAUUUAUGUUGUAUAUAGCACGAUUUUUAUAUUAAUCUUUACUGUUUUUUGUCAGUGAUUUUUAAAACCUUUCUAGUGUCAAAUCCAGCCUGAAAUGACCCAGCUUAAAAAAAGACAUGCCUGAAAUAAGAUGUGAAGAUGAAGUUUGUACGCAGUUUGUGACACAUUUUUUGAGGUUUCUCGGUGUAGUCUUCCCAGGAACCUCCCGUGUGAUUCCAUGUAACUGACAGGAAGCAAGAGUGCAACAUAAUUACUGUAGUUCUGAUCUGAAAACACCACUCAGCACUAUGUAAUAGCGAUAAAACUCAAACUUGGAUCAAUUUUGGCUUCAUGUUUACCGUGAUGGAUUGCCUUUUUCAUAGAAGACGGCAGCAAAAGUGUUUCUCCGAGGGGAGCGAAAAACAUGAGCUGUAAACGAUAUUGACUGCGUGCAAAAAAUCACCUGGAAGAAUGUAAGGGCAUGGACUACAGACACAAACCGAACUAUCUGUCUUUUAGAUGCAUAUGCAGCAACCAAAAUAUGUUUCGCACUUUAAAGUUUGAGCUGUCAAACAAGUGUGCCAUUCAGAAAAAAAAAAAAAAAACAAGAUAAACGUUGAUUUACCGGAGAGCCUUACUGAGAACAUUCCUCUUUCUGCUAAAGUCCUGCCCAGAAACCAUCCAGUCGAACUAAAAAAAAAACAAAAAAAAGUAAAAAUGAACAAAUUAAAAAAGAUUCAAGAUUACGAUCAUUCUCUUAACACUCAAUAACAAGGUUUCACUUCAGCCAAUAUCUCAUGCAGAACACAGUCCCCUCAUUUCAUCAGUAUGCCAUCCCUUUCGUAUAUCCGCACAGACAGAGGAUGAGGAAAUUAAGAUAAAAUGGAAUAUCCAUUAUUCAUGCUCCCCUGCCUUACAUAACAGCUUGAAAUUGUGUCUGCACGUGUGCGGGAGCGUAGUGGAUACAACAAAAUUAAAUCUCUCUCAAAGACCUGUUACCUGGCAUCAACUUCUCAUUAUCACAGCACAUAAUUAUUGUCUGGCUUUUAAUUUACAGCUCUGCUUGGACAAAUUAAGGGAGACUCUGACAGGUCCAAAUGAUAUAUUUAAAAAAAAAAAAAAAGGACGGACGGACUGAGGGGUAUCCUUCCAGUGUGAUUAACUUGACAUGACUUUAAAUGAGUUGUGAGGACUACAGCAGUCAGUUCUAGAUUCUAAUUAUGUUCUCAUGCAGAUGUGGUUUUUAGGGUGUCAAUUAUGGAGUUUUUUGGCGACGACUUUUCACUUUUAUUAAGAAUUUGCAGAAGUACAUGUAGUACAAGUACAUGUAGUCUAAUCAGUCACUGAUUUGGCUUUCCUUUGACUUUUCCUUCACAUUAAGAUGUCAGAAUCAGAAGCCUUUAUUUUCGUUGUAUGAUUGAGUGAAGGAACAGGGUUGAUGCUUUUAAAAAAUAUAACACAUAUGGACAAGACAUAAUAUAAAUACCAUAAAAGUCAAGAUCAAGUAACAUUUCCAGCUUGUGUGUAUUUUCAAGAAAAAAUUACAACUGUACCAAUAUUAUCAAUGCAGCUUCAAGUUAUACUUGUAACAGUGUAACACCAGCAUCUGAUGAAUAUAUUUCAAGUGAAAUACGUAUUACAUGUAAAGAUUUCGUUGUUUUUUUUGUUUGUUUGUUUUUGUCAGACAGAUUUUAAAAAAAGUUGAUUUUUUUUUUUCCUUUACAUGUUUGGGCUACAACCUGUAAUUUUCCUCCAAAGAUGUUACUGUGAUGUGUCUUGUCAGCUGUUUUAUCCGGGAAUGCCAGACAACGGGACGAUUAUGCCCCCUGCUGUCUGGCAUCCUACUGAGCACAGCAUCCCAGGUGUGGGAUAAGGUGUAAGAUCCUCCAUUCCUGUUCAUCUGACUGAUCUCACGAAAUUGCAUUGUAUGUCACGCCAGUUUUUAUGGCAUUUGGCGUGCUAUACGUACGCAUUUUCAUCAUUUCGCAUGUUCAGCGCCAUUUGAUUGCGUAUCAAUGUACGCCAGGAUCUCCGAUUUACAUGUCUGUAACCGCUAACCCUAAUGGCAUGGUAUUUUACAACGGUGUGAACAUAGACGCGGAAAGUUUAUAAUGCGUACAGAUAACACAUCAAUUAAAAGUGGCACAAUUCAUGAUAUCAUGUUGUGUUCAUGGUCUCAGUGGCCUCCCUAAUCCAGCGGUGGUAUCAGGGGGCAUAGUCAUCCCCUAUUGUCUGGCAUUCCUGGAUAAAACAGCUGACAAGACACGUCACAGUAGCAUCAAGUGACAAUUCUGAGGAAGGUUACAGGUUGUAGCCGAAACAUGUAAAGGUAAAAAUCAACUUUUUUUUAAUCUGACAAAAAAAGAGACGGAAAUCUUUAUAUUUUUAGUAGACAGUAUGAUACCGAUCGGACAAGUAUUACAUGUGCAAGAAUAUUUGUAGUUUGAUUACAGUGCAGUUUUAUCUUAAUCACAGACACAAAAAAAAGCAGUAAAAAAUAAUACAAAAUGAAGUACCUGCAGUCAGAUGAGCCGUGUUAACAGCAGGUUUAUACAGUUUUGGUCAUUUCCCCUGGUGCUAACUGUAUGUAGGUCAAGUGGGAUUUUGAAAGCUGGUUUAUUAUCCCAUUGUGUCACCGAUUACGAAAGUGUGUCAGCAGAUACUAAGUGUGAAAGUAGGAUUUAGGAAAAGGAAACAUCAAAGUCUGUGUUUCCCACGUGGAGAAAGUACUCAUCUUCCCUGUUGAUGAACUUUUACUUUUCCCAGAUCAGUUUUAACUUAUACCGAGACUUCAUAAACUGAAUUAGGUGCCAAAUUAUUAUUAUUAUUAUCAUUAUUAUUAUUAUUAUUAUUAUUAUUAGGCAAAAGCAUCAGUUAGUUGUAGUCCUUGUUUGUGCCUUUUAGUUGAAGGUGUCAUGUCGUACGCAUCUUAAAUUGAGAUUUUUGACUUCUCUGCCAAAGCUUCUGUCAGAACUCUUCAUAUUUAUGGGAUGGAAUUUCAUUUUUAUUGGUCAAUUGGUGUGAGAAGUGAGUUUAAUAAUGUAUCAAACUACAUGAUUGUGACAAUUCUGGGUCUCCCAUAAGCACCUCAGCAUGUUUUCUAAAACAGGCAAUUUUAGUAACCCUCACGACUUUACGGGUCCUGUGUUUUCCAAGUGGUUUCCUGGGAAUUUUCUUGAUUAUUUCUUGAAAAUUAACUGAUUUUCAGCUGGUAAAUGCUGUCAAGGUAUCUCCCAGGUGUGUGUUUGCAUCUAAAAAACUCAUCUUGGUACGAACAACUAUCUGAUAUUAGCAUCUGUUUAGUAUUGUUUUAUCUUGUUAUAUUGCUUUUUAUGUUUUUGUUUUGUCCUAAAUUUCCUUUAAGACAAAAAUGCAUUAGCUAUUUUUGUAAAAAUCUUUGUAAUUUACAGCUAAAUGCCAGCAAGUUUUUAAGAAAAUAUGACAAAAGUUUCCAGGAAAUUGCUCGGAAAAACACGUAAAACAAAGAAUUACUACAACUUUUUAUGAAAAAACUAUAUAAACAAACCAAGUAUGUAACAAAAGCCCAUUAAAUUAAAGAAAUCGGAAACGAAUUCUUAUAUACUUGAUACUGUAGGCUACUUCAAACUUGUACAUAAUGUAGAUGAAUACUGUAGAAGCGUAAAAACUGACUUUUUUUUUAAGAUAAAAUCUAUUUUCAAUUAUCUUGUGAAACAAAAAAGUAAAACUAAAAAAAA